UUGACAGCCGGCGUCUGCUUUUGGAGUGUAAUUUUUAUUAUUUUUUUAUUUAGGAGGAGAUUUCUGGGGAGCUGUUUCACCUCCCCUUCGGCCUGCCUGGCGGCCCCGGACGGGUUUUCCCGCUUCCCUCGCUAAGGAGGGAAAAUGCCAUAUAAUAAGAAGACUGCUGGGAAAAGAGCCCCUGCAAAAAGGAAACUUGCUGAAGUGUUUGCUGUGGGGGAGGUUCUAGCAGAUACAUCAAGAAAAGAAUGGAAAUUAGGUGUCCCUAUAGGGCAAGGAGGCUUUGGACGCCUAUACCUUGCUGAUGUUAAUUCUUCAAAGUCGGUUGGCAGUGAUGCACCUUAUGUUGCAAAAGUGGAACCCAGCCAGAAUGGACCUCUUUUUACUGAGUUAAAGUUCUACAUGCGAGCUGCUAAGCCAGAUGAAAUUCAGAAUUGGACUAAGUCCCAUAAACUGAAAUACUUAGGUGUACCAAGAUAUUGGGGUUCUGGCUUGCAUGAAAAAAAUGGAAACAGAUAUCGAUUUAUGAUAAUGGACCGAUUUGGCAAAGAUCUUCAGAAAACAUUUGAAGAGAAUGCAAAGCGAUUUCCCCAUAAAACUGUGCUACAAUUAGGCCUGAGAAUACUUGAUAUUCUGGAAUAUGUCCACGAGCAUGAAUAUGUGCACGGAGACAUCAAGGCAUCAAACCUUCUUAUGAGUUACAAGAACCCUAAUCAGGUGUACUUGGUGGAUUAUGGACUUGCCUACCGAUACUGUCCUGAAGGAGCUCACAAAGAAUAUAAAGAAGAUCCUAAAAGGUGUCAUGAUGGAACUAUUGAAUAUACCAGUAUUGAUGCACACAAGGGUGUGGCACCAUCAAGACGUAGUGAUUUGGAGAUCUUGGGUUACUGUAUGAUUCAUUGGCUAAGUGGCCAUCUGCCAUGGGAGGAUAAUUUGAAAGAUCCAAAUUUUGUCAGAGACUCAAAAAUCAGAUGUAGAGAUGAUAUUUCAGUUUUGAUGGACAAAUGCUUUCCUGGGAAAAAUAAACCAGAUGAAAUAACCAAAUACAUGGAAAAGGUGAAGCUACUGAGCUAUGAAGAGAAACCUGUUUAUCAGCAUUUCCGAGACAUACUUCUGCAAGGUCUUAAGGCCAUUGGGCAGAAAGAUGAUGGAGUACUUGACUUUGGCUUGUCAGCGAAUGGAGACUUGCAAACAAAUCCCAUGCAAAAGAAAAAAAGAAAGGCAGCAGCUGCAACCCAUGAGAGCAGUGAAGCGGAAAUGGGAGAUACAGGAAGUCCAGAAAUAAAGAAACCUGCCUCUUCUAAUGCAGUAGCCACCAGAACCCGGAAGAUGACCUCACCAGAGUCCAAGAAAGGCAGAGCAACCAGAAGGAGAGUCCAAAAAUAAAUAAUAAACAGAGCAACAAAUUAACUUGCUCUUUGGCUCAUCUCUGGGGUUUUUUCAGUUACUGUAGCACUGGAAUCUUCUUCUUUCCUUUUUAAAUGAUGAAUCCUGUAAAAACAUGAACUGCUGUUUGUACCUGUUUUUGAAGAAUAAGUGUUUUAUUAAAAUAUUUGCAUAAUUUAUGUAUACUUUAAUACUGAUGCAAGAUUUUGCCCUCUGAAGUGAGGAUGCAUUUUUAUUCUUGAUAUACAAAAAUUCAUGUCUUAAAGGCAGACUAAAAGAAAGUGCUUUCUUUCUGCUUUAUAAUGUAGAAAUAAAGCCUUAUUUAGUUUUGUUAUGGGUACUUUAUAAGGAACAGCAGUGUUGCAUCUAAUUUCUUUUAACUUUUAGUAAAGUCUUAUUGGAGGUGACUGUAGAUGUACACUGAGAUGAAGUCUGAAAUACAGAGAGAAAUUAAAUAUUUCACAAGUGUUUGAAUUAAAAAAAGAGACCAUUAAGACAAAAUUCCCAUCCUUCCGUUUUAGUUUGUUAUAAAAUACGUUUAAACAAUUCUUUGGAGGAAAGGUAGUGAAUUUGAGUUAUUUUUUUGCCUAGUAUUUGUGUUUGUAUUAUUUUUCCAAUUAUUCAGAGUUUCUCUGGAAAGAAAGAGAGCAGGAUUUCAGACAUAGAGCCCGGGGCAAAAGAAAAGAACCAAAACCCAAUGCCUAUUCUCAGCACUCCCACCCCCGUCAGGUUUUCUUUUUCUAUUAGUGAAAAGGCUAGAAAAGUUAUAAUUAUGAACAACUGUAAAGUAUCUAGUUCCAGUGAAAGCUUGACUCACAUGUGCUCUUUGUAACAAAAUGGUUUGCCUUUUUUCAUAGGUAAGAAGCAUGUAACGUUUCUUAAAAGUACUUCCUUUCCUUGCUUGGCUUUGAGUCUUCUCUUCGGAGUUGUAAGUCAGAAAUAAAA